UCACACCUACAACAAAAUACACCCCUGUCCAAAAGAAUGGGACCAAUUUCCUCCCCAAAAUUUGCAAUAGUGCUACUCCUGCUACUGAUUAUUCGCACAUGCAAAACUACCACGACCACCCUUGCAAAAAAUGGCUAUUUCCACCCCGGCACGGCCCCCGGAGCGUCCAACUACUACGCCAGCUCCGUCGCGACCGUGUGGGUCAUAGCGGCGCAGGAUUGUCUCGCCAUCCUGGGCGAAAAUGGGACCCUGCUCAAUAUCGAGACGCAAGUGGAAUCGGAUUGGAUUUCGGAAUGGCUUGAUUCCCGAGGCGCGAUGGUGGGACGCUAUUGGACGAGCGGUUCGGCAACGGGCGUGGGGCAGGAGUGGUACUGGACGGGAAAUCAGGGGGUGGAUUUUUCCGCGUAUACAAAUUGGGGGGUGGGGCAGCCUGACUCGAGUAAUUCGAGGAGGAGGUUAGCCCUGAAUUAUGUGAGUCAGUCACCGUCCUCGUGGAUGUCGCAGGAUGAUUCGAUUAUACUCCGGUAUAUUUGUGAGAGUCCGGCGGAAGAUAUUUCUACAACGACGCCACCACCGACGACGACAUUCAAACCAGGUCGUGGCCCUUACUCGUUCGAUUAUCUCCUCGGAGUGACCACCUUUGUCGAGACGGGAGGGGACUUUGUCUUCAUAGAUUACGACCUCCCACUAAAUGUCAUCUGGCAGUAUAGAGCAGCUGGAAAAACGGUCAUGUGUCAUGUCGACGUGGGUUUGUGGGAAAUGUGGCGUCCGGACGCGGACAAUUUUCCAUCCCGUGCUCUCGGCAAUGUCGCCUGGCCGGGAGAAAGGUGGUUGGACAUUCGAAACACGGACGUUAUCCUGCCCCUGAUGCGGGAACGGUUCAGAUCCGCGGCGGCCAAGGGGUGUCACGGCAUCGACGCGGACAACAUGAACGCCUGGCUGGAAGAUUCCGGAUUCCCGAUCACCGAAGAGGAACAACUCGAGUACAAUAUUUAUAUCGGGCAGGAAAUUAAAGUGCUUGGAAUGCUGGCAGGACUAAAAAAUGCGCACCAGCAAGCCUUCAGUCUUCUCCCGUAUUUUGACUUGGUCGCUGUUCUGGAAUGUGCCGCCUACAACGAAUGUGAUUAUUUUGACGUUUUCAUAUCGGAAAAUAAGCCCGUUUUCUCGAUCGAAUUUACCGGCGAGUAUACAGAGAGCACUUUUAUAAAGGAUGUUUGCCCUUUGGGGGAAAUUAGUGGGGUUUCCUUCAUCCUCAAAAAUUUCGACAUGGAUGAAAACUUUCGUGUGGCUUGUGUAUAAAAUAGGCAAUUAAGUAAAACAAUAAAUAAAAUACGAUUACAUGUUUUA